UGACAAUUCCAGGUUGUUCAGAUUUUUGUCCGCGAACAUGUGAAUUGACAUUUCCGUAUUUACAUUGCACAUCCUAUGGUCUGUUUUUUAUAUCCAUUUAAUUAUCUCUAUCGAGGUUUUCUGGCUCAAAAACCAAGUUCAAAAAUUAUAACGCGUUUGAACAAACUUUGGCACGUUUACGACCGGGAAUUCGACAUUUAUGAGCAUAUAGCAGAUCUGUAUAAAAUUCUAAUAAGCUGUAUGCUUGAAUUAUCUAGCCAUGGCCCUGAAGACCGACUUAAAUCCCAAUGAAAUCUACGACUCCUCUGGAAUUAUAAAGAGCGGCCAAGUGAUGUUGUACGACCGAUCUUUGAUGUUCUAUUCUCGGGACAUCUCUCAGGAUGAAUGCUCCAUAGUACUAAAUCCUGCCCAACAUCAAAACCUGGAUCUUCCUGAAAUUGUGCUGGAUGGCGACUAUUUCCAAUUCGACAGCGUACCCAGUAUGCGACCUAAUCAUCAGUCCGGCCAAGAUCUGACUGUGCUGGAGAUCCUUUACAACAACGACCAAGUUCCUGAUCAACCCGAGUUCGUAGACGUUGAUCAGUUGACAGAUUUAGAUACACUCGAACCUGCUACUGCUACUUCAACAAUUUCGUCUGCCAUACAUGAAGAAAACGAAAAGAUGAUGAUGACGACGUAA